AGAAAAACAAUCUAUAAUUAUUACAAAAACAAUAUGUUAUGAAAAGAUUGUCAUUUGUGACUGUAAAAAACAAAAAUUUGCAUACUUUUCAAGUUUCCACUCAUAAAAUCAAAAUCUUUAUUCUUUUUGCCGGCUUUCAAACGCCAAAGAUGAAAUCAAAGUCCAUUUGUCACUAUUUAACCAAUGCCAAUUUUAUAUAUUUUGUAUUUCUAUCAGUUAAAAGAAAAAAAGUUUACAAAUUGACCCUUUUUUCAUGCUUAGAAACUGCUAAUCUGAUACUGAUAUGGGCAAGUUUAGGACUGAUUUGAAAUGGAUUUUGAUCUGUUUUUUUGUUGUUUCUUGUGGUUUUGAUUUGUUUGUGACAGUUGAUGGUAGUUAUGUGAAGUAUAAUACUGGCAGUGGAGUUGUACCUGGAAAAAUUAAUGUUCAUUUGGUAGCUCAUUCUCAUGAUGAUGUUGGUUGGUUAAAAACUGUUGAUCAGUACUAUGUUGGAUCAAAUAACAGUAUUCAGGGUGCUUGUGUUGAGAAUGUGCUGGAUUCAGUUGUGGUAUCACUACUUAGAGAUCCGAAUAGGAAGUUUAUUUUUGUUGAAAUGGCUUUUUUCCAAAGAUGGUGGCUAGAACAAAGUGAGGGAAUACAAGAUCAAGUGAGGAAACUUGUAGAUGCUGGCCAAUUGGAAUUCGCAAAUGGAGGCUGGUGUAUGCAUGAUGAAGCAACUACUCAUUAUAUAGAUAUGAUUGACCAAACAACUCUCGGUCAUCAAGCGAUAAAGGCGCAAUUUAACAAGACUCCUCGUGCUGGUUGGCAAAUUGAUCCGUUUGGGCACUCUGCUGUGCAAGCUUACCUGCUUGGAGCUGAGCUUGGUUUCGAUUCUGUUCAUUUUGCAAGGAUUGAUUACCAAGACAGAGCAAAGCGCAAAGCAGAUAAAUCUCUCGAAGUUAUAUGGCAUGGUUCCAAAACUUUUGGUUCUUCCUCUCAGAUUUUUGCCAAUACAUUUCCUGUUCAUUAUAGUCCUCCGCCGGGCUUCCAUUUUGAAAUGUCUGAAGACUUUGUACCCGUUCAGGAUAAUCCUCUUUUGUUCGACUACAAUGUUGAGCAGCGGGUUAAUGAUUUCGUAAAUGCUGCUAUGACCCAAGCAAAUGUGACGAGGACAAACCACAUUAUGUGGACUAUGGGUGAUGAUUUUCAGUAUCAAUAUGCCGAGUCUUGGUUCAAGCAAAUGGACAAAUUGAUCCAUUAUGUUAACAAGGACGGUCGAGUAAAUGCCUUGUAUUCUACACCUUCUAUCUACACUGACAUCAAGAAUGCAGCAAGUGUAUCUUGGCCACUAAAAACCGAUGAUUAUUUUCCGUAUGCAGAUAGCUCGCAUGCCUACUGGACUGGAUUUUUUACUAGUCGCCCAGGCUUAAAGCGAUAUGUUCGAGAACUAAGUGGAUAUUAUUUGGCUGCAAGGCAACUUGAGUAUUUUGUUGGAAGAAAAUCUGCCGGUCCAAACACUUAUCGUCUUGGAGAUGCUUUAGGAACAGCACAGCAUCAUGAUGCUGUUACUGGAACUGCCAAACAACAUACUACAAAUGACUAUGCAAAGCGCCUAUCUAUUGGAGCAUCUAAGGCUGUAGAUACUGCAAAUGCUGCUCUGUCAUGCUUAGUUAACAAUAAAACAAGAGAUCAAUGUGCAGCACCUGUAUUGGAUUUUAGCCAGUGCCAAUUACUGAAUAUCAGUUACUGUCCGCCUACCGAAGAAACCGAAAGUGGAAAGAGUUUGGUUGUGGUAGUGUACAACCCACUUGGAUGGAACCGCACCGACAUUAUUAGAGUACCAGUAAAUGAUGCCAAUCUUGCUGUCUCUGAUUCCUCUGGCAAAACCAUUGAGUCGCAGUAUGUGAACAUGGACAAUGUUACGAGCAACUUAAGAAACUUCUAUUUGAAAGCCUAUGUAGGAUCUUCGUCCAAACAAGUUCCGAAAUACUGGCUUGUCUUUCAAGUCUCCGUGCCACCACUCGGAUGGAGUACAUACUUCAUUGCCAAUGCGCCUGCAAUAGGGAAGAGGAGAAAUGGACCUUCUGUCGGAGAAAGUCCACAGAAUGACACCAUUGAAAUUGGACCUGGAAAUUUGAAAAUGUACUUUUCUUCUACCACUGGCCAACUCAAACGAAUGUAUAACUCCAAAACCGGGGUUGAUAUACCAAUCCAGCAAAGCUAUCUUUGGUAUGGUUCAAGCUCUGAUUUCUCGCAACCAUCCGGUGCAUACAUUUUCCGGCCUGAUGGGUCGCCCCCCACUAUUUCUGCAAGAACUGUGCCGCUAAAGAUCUAUCGUGGAUCAGUAGUUGAUGAAAUCCACCAACAGUUUAAUUCAUGGAUCUACCAGGUAACAAGGCUUUACAAAGACAAAGAACAUGCUGAAAUUGAAUACACAAUCGGACCAAUUCCCUUAGAAGACAGUCUUGGGAAAGAGGUUAUCACAAGAUUGACAGCAAAUAUGGUCACAAACAAGGAAUUCCAUACCGAUUCUAAUGGAAGAGACUUUCUAAAACGGAUACGAGACCAUAGAGCUGAUUGGAACCUUACAGUUACAGAACCUCAAGCAGGAAACUACUAUCCGAUUAACCUUGGAAUGUAUGUAACGGAUGAAAAAUCUGAAUUGUCGGUCUUGGUUGAUCGUGCCACCGGAGGAUCCAGUCUUCAAGAUGGUCAAGUAGAAGUGAUGCUUCACAGGCGUACACUCUUUGAUGACGGCAGAGGAGUUGGUGAAGCUCUUGAUGAAAGUGUUUGCAUUGGAGAUAAAUGUGAAGGACUAACUGUUCGAGGGAACUAUUAUUUGAGCAUCAACCCGAAAGGAUCUGGAUCAUUCUGGCGACGAACAACUGGCCAAGAAGUUUAUUCACCGCUUCUUGUAGCUUUCACGCACGAGACAGAAGAGAAGUGGAAAUCAUCAUAUUCGACUAGAGGAACGACUAUGGAUCCCGACUAUAGCUUGCCUCCGAAUGUUGCUUUGAUUACUCUUCAGGAGCUUGAUGAUGGAAGUGUUCUUCUUCGUCUUGCGCAUUUAUACGAGGGGGGAGAAGAUGUGAAUCAUUCCACACUUGCUAAAGUUGAACUCAAGAAGAUGUUUUCUGGAAAAAAAAUUAAGGAGGUAAAAGAAAUGAGUUUAUCAGCAAACCAGUUGAAGUCAGAGAUCAAGAAAAUGAAAUGGAAAGUUGAAGGAGACAAUGAAAAUCAACCAUCAGCUGCAGUUAGAGGCAGUCCUGUUGAUACUUCAACUCUUGCUGUUGAGCUUGGUCCAAUGGAAAUCCGUACAUUUUUGCUUAAAUUUUGAAAUUAUUGUUCUUCAUUAUUUCUUUCAUUUGGAAUAAUGAAGUUUGUAAUAAAAUUCUUAAGAGUCAUGUUAAGCAUUAAACUUGUAUUAAGUUCUUCAAAUCUCACUUUAUAGGAAUAAAUGUAAAUUAUUCAUUGAGCAAUAAAGCGAAUAUUUGAAAUUUAAAA